AUAUAUUUAUAAUAUAUAUAUAAGUGACUGUACUGCUGGUUUUGGUGACGGAAACAACGACAGAAAAGCUGCAGCAGGCUUCGAGGCAAUUGGACAGGAUAAGGUGAAAUUUAAAGAUGAGAGUAAUGGUGGGUAUUGACGAGAGUGACGAGAGUUUCCAUGCUCUCCGAUGGACCCUUGAUAAGCUUUUUGACGGUAUGAGUACCAGAACUGCACCCCCUGAAGAAGCCAACCAGGAGGAGGCUGCUAAUUUGCUCACUCUACUUCAUGUUCAGAAGGCUUUCCACAACUACGGUAUCCCUGUUGGAGCAGGAGCCUCAGCAUUUUACGUGCCAUAUUCGAUCGAGGAAUCGGUGAGGAAAUCUCAAAAUCAAAUUUCAAAAGAAUUACUCUUUCAUGCAUCACAAAUGUGUAAAGACAAAUCGAUUAAAGUGAAGAGUUUGAUUCUCGAAGGGGAUCCAAAAGAAAAGAUAUGCCAAGUUAUUGAGCAAAUGCAGGUUGAUCUUCUCGUCGUAGGCAGCCGCAAACUUGGAAAGAUUAAGAGAGCUUUGUUAGGCAGUGUAAGUGACUAUUGUGCGCACAAUGCAAACUGUCCCGUUCUCAUCGUGAAGCCACCACAAGAAGCCAGUAAGUGAGUAGCGGUGAAGGCCUUGAGCUUUUUCUACUUCUCUAAUAAGUAUCGUCUUGGAGAACAUUAAAGUGUAGUAAUUUUACUUGUACAAGUGAGCUCCUGCAAACUCUGUUCCGUGGAUUAUGUAAUUUCUCUCUUACUCUACUUAUUAAAUACAUACUAUUUUCAU